AUGGCGUUGGGAUGGCCUGUCGUCGGCCUUGUCGAAGUCUCUCUGGCAGUCUUCCUUUCCAUCUGGUGGGCAGCGUACCGAACGAAUUUUUCUCGCAUUUCCAACCUUUCGGAAGCCCCAGGAUCCUUCCCUUUCGUCGGCCACUUGCUAUCGUUGGGGGGUCGUUUGGGAGUGAACGACGCGAAUGUCUUUUCGAGGUGGAGUGGGGAACUGGCUUCGGGAAUCUACCAGAUCAAACUUGGGUAUCAAAGGACCGUCAUCGUCAGUUCCUGGGCCGCCACGGAGGAGCUCUUCGUCUUCAAGAACCGCUCCAUAUUGGACCGAGUGCAACAACACGGGUUUUCGGAUUACAUUGGUCUGGACAUAUCAGGGUCUUCGUUGACUUCAGAUGUGAAGAAGUGCAGGGCAGCCGCUUUUGGAGCGCUUGGAAAACCAAUGUGGCCUGGCUACUACAAACUGAUUGAGCCCGAGUCAGUCAAGAUCAUCACCAGGAUAUAUGAGAGUGGGAGGAACGGUCAAGUCCCCCUAGAGACAUAUCCCUGGCUUCGUCAGAUGAUGUUUAAUUUGGCCCUCCACAUGACAUACGGGAUUCAAGAGGGGGAUUUUGAUGAUGAAGAACUGUCCAAUCGACUGUUGAACAGUCUGAGCGUUAUUACGGAAUGUCGUGGUUCGACUGCCGAAUAUCGUCAUUACGUGCCACUCCUUCGAGCGUGGUGGCCGUUGUCCAAAUCCAAGCUCAUCGCGGCAGCCGAACAGCGGAACGCGUGUGCUCAGGUCCUGCACGAGCAGUACAGGCUCAAAGCGGAACAGGAACAGGCCCCCGACUGUCUGCUGUCGUCGUUGAGUGCCGAGAGAUUGACGCCGGAUGAGUUGUUCGGCACCUGCAUGUCUAUAGUUCAGGCCGCUCCGGACACGGUCUCCUCGAGCACCUAUCAGUGCAUGGCGUGGCUGUGCAGUGCCCAAGGACAAGACAAGGCCUUUCGCGAAGAAAAGGCCCCGCUGCUGUUUUCGCUGUACAAGGAGACCCUUCGCUUCUACGCCACGUCCGCCUUCAACAUGCGCCGCACGUCGAAAGACGUGACCGUUGGACACGCCGCCGCCGCCGCGGUCCUCCCCAAGGGCGUGGGCGUGACGAUGAACAUUCGAGGCGUCAACCACGACCCCGAACAUUACGGCCCGGACGCACUGACAUUCAACCCUGAAAGGUUUCUCAACGAUACGUCGCCCCUCCCGCAUCUCACCUUUGGCACAGGAUCGUGCAUCUGCCCUGCUUACAUGAUCGCCAAUCGAAUCAUCUACUCGACGCUCCUUCGUCUCAUCCUGGCCUUCAGACUCAAACAGGUCCAAGGAACGAGGCUCCCAUCGCUUGGAAGACUCGACUUCUCCGACGUCAUGGGUCUGAUUGCCGUGCCCCGGGUUUUCGAUUGCGCCUUCACUGCUAGAGAUGCCGCGUGGCUGAAGACCAAAUUGGCAGAGUGA